AUGGCCUGGACCCCUCUGCUCCUGGCGCUCCUCUCUCUCUGCACAGGUUCCCUCUCUCAGUUUGUGGUGUCCCAGCCGCCCUCCGUCUCUGCAUCUCAGGGAGCCACAGCCAGACUCACCUGCACCCUGAGCAGUGACAUCACUAUGGGUAACAAAUAUGUAUACUGGUUCCAGCUGAAUGCAGGGAGCCCUCCCCGGUAUCUCCUGAGAUUUAACUCAGACUCAGAUAAGCACCAGGGCUCCGGGGUCCCCAGCCGCUUCUCUGGAUCCAAAGACGCCUCGGCCAAUGCGGGGCUCCUGACCAUCUCGGGGCUGCAGCCUGAGGACGAGACGGACUAUUACUGUCUGCUUUGGCACAAUGAUGCUUGUCACAGUGACACACCCAGAUGGGGAAGUGGGACAAAAACCUCCAUCCUCGCCCUGGCUGGUUUGCUCUGUGGCUGA